UGUCAGUAUAUUGGCCGUUCUCGUGGGAUUGAGUUUUGCUCCAAAUUUUGCUUUUAAUUUGCAGAAUUUAUAUUUAUUUCAGAUGUCCACUAUGUUUAAAAGAAGACUUCAAGCUCUUGGAUAUUUGGAAUGGAAGAAAGUUAAUAUAAACGAUCCACAACAUUUUCGUAAAGUAGUACUUUGGUUAGAGGAUCAAAAGAUACGCCAAUAUGAUAUACAAGAUAGAAAGGAUUUACGCAAUAUAAAAAGCGAAUAUUGGCCUAAAGCUUUCGCUAAAUACUGUAUGGAUGUUCAAUGUCCAAUAUUUGACAACGAUGUAGAUCAGCUUGAAUGGCUGAUUGGCUGUGCAAUCUGGUUGGAAACAGACAACGAUACUGAGAAAUAUUCACAGAAUAUAAAAGAAAUGAAAUUGAAAAUGAAACAAGAAGCAUUAGUGCCUCGUCUUAAAUCCAAAAAUCCACUCGAUAAUUUGGACUGUAAGUCUAAAUUCGAAAUAGAGAAGGAUCCGGUCGGCAUGUCGACUAAACGUAAAAUCCCGGCGACGAAGAAGAACCGCGCGAAACAGAGGAAAGUCGAAUACGACGAGGAGGAUAUCUCGAGCGAGCACGACUCGGACGUUGAUGACGCUGAGACCGGCUCGAAUGCUGAUGGCGAGGACGCCGCCGAAGAUGAUCUUACCGAUGUCUCUAACAUCCCGGAAUUACCACCACCCGAGGGAGGAUGGGGUAAGCCUGGAACGUUGCUCAUGUGUGGCUUGACAAACUGGGACAUGGCAGGCCGCAAGGCUCCACCAAAAGGGGUGAAAGCCAAUGUAGGACGUAGUCUGUGGACCCCACAUACGUUCAAAAACUUGAAUAGUGCUAGGAUCAGAUUAGUUGCUUCUGGUCCAGCUGCUUCUCAUAGUAUUAUUGUUACUGAGGAUAAUAGAUGCUUAGCUUUUGGUAGAAAUGAUAAAGGUCAGCUGGGCGUUGGCGAUACGAAACGUCGGGAUGAACCUACGGAAGUUACAGCGCUGAAAGGUCAUACUGUUAUAGGAGCCUCUUGCGGCCGUAAUCACACGUUAUUUUUAACAAGCCGCGGUAUCGUAUUCGCAGCUGGAGACAAUAAAUUAGGCCAAUGCGGUGUCGGGAAAUCCGACGCCUGCAUUGUCUCUGCCACUAAAGUCAAGUAUUCUGGCCCGCCGAUAGUGAAAGUAGGAUGCGGCGCAGACUUUUCAAUGAUCCUGGACAUUAAAGGCGGUCUGCACUCGUUUGGAAGUCCAGAGUACGGUGCACUUGGUCAUAACACAGACGGGAAAUAUUUUAUAACGAACACGAAAAUGGCAUUUCACUUUGAGAAAGUGCCUAAGAGAAUCGUUUUGUAUAUUGAGAGAGCAAAGGACGGCCAUGUCACGCCGUUAGAUCGUGUUGAGAUCACGGACUUUAGUUGCGGGCACUAUCACACCGUAGCGAUCGAUAGCAAAAAUCGUGCGUUCUCCUGGGGAUUCGGAGGUAUCGGUCGUUUAGGUCACAAUGAACAACGAGAUGAAUUAGUGCCUCGUCUAAUAAAGUUUUUGGAACCUCCUACUCGUGGCGUCAGAGCUGUAUAUUGUGGCAGUACUUACAGUAUUGCCAUUAACGUUCACGGAUCAGCUCUGAUGUUCGGACAAACGAAACGUACAGGAGAAGCUAAUAUGUAUCCGAAGCCGAUCCAGGAUUUGUCCGGUUGGGAAAUUAGAUGUGUCGGAUGUUCCCAGACUAGUGUAGUAGUCGCAGCUGAUGAUUCGGUUAUCGCUUGGGGUGCUAGCCCUACUUUCGGUGAAUUGGGUUUUGGCGAAAUGCGUAAGUCCUCGACUACUCCAAUGGAAGUGAAAGCGUUGGAAGGUUUGUACAUUACUGCUGUUACCUGUGGCCUCUCUCAUACCCUCAUGAUUUGUCGAGACGAAUCCGAAGAAGAGAAGGCUAAAAUCAACAAACUCCAAGUGUAUUCCGUUUAAAUCGCAUAAUUUUCAGUUUGAUUAUACAAAUAUUAAUCGAAUUGCCUCGCGUGUCGAGGCGUUUGGAAAUUUUUCUAUACUCAUCGCAAUUGUUACUGCAUUUAAAGGAACAAGAAAAAAAAAAAAGAAAAGAAAAGAAAAGAAAAUCAAUUUGUAAUGAAAAUGCGUUAUCACCUUUAAUUAAGCCAAGUUGCUUUAAAUAACUUAAAGGAAAGAUUGAAAGAUCUGCGAACAAUUUAUUAAUAGACUGCGAAAAACGUCCAUACAAAAUAUAGACUUAAUGUUACUCUCUACUUUGUACUUCCACUUUUACUUAAUAAUAUGAAGAAAAGUUUACCAUAAUAGGGAACCCCAUUCUGUUAGUAGCUCAGGAUAUAGACCAAACGUAUAGAUAACGAAAAUAUAUUUUGAUACUUUGCUAUUUUAUUGAGGUACUCUCUCUUUCUCUGUGUCUUUAACAGGAACGGAAAUAGUUGAUACGUAUGAAGAAGAGUGCUGGAAACUGAAAAAAAAAUAUCUCAUGAAUUUAACGAAUACGCAUUUACGUUUAUUACUCAUUUUAACGAUACAAACAUAAAUAGCCUAUAUCAUUGAUUCAUUACAGUAGUACCUGAAUCAUUAAAUCUGCAGAAAUCAUUUUUAUAUUCUAUGUACAGGGACAUUUUAAAUGCAAUUAUACAGGGAAAAAAAACGGAUUUAAUGUUUUAAAUGGCUGUUUUUAUGGUAAAAACAUAGAAAAUGUUUUAUAAAUUCAUUUAUCUUUGUGUUCAAGUAUGAAACUUGUUUUAGCCAGCUAGACAAGAACAAUGCUUUUUUAAAAACCAGCAUUGUUUAUCAUACAUUUUAAACUAAGGAUUGUUUAACAGUUACAUUCGACAAAGAAAGUUUCAGUAAGAAAAAAAGAUAUAUAUUGUUAAUUACUGUAUUAUAUAGGGUACAAGAGGAUCUUGUAACGAAUUUAAAUACGUGAUUUGGUCACCAUAUGUUACACAAACUCAUGUAUACGUAUUAUAAUUAAGACUAUCCAGUAGUGAAUAUAAUCGAAAUUUUAUAUAUAAUUUUAUUUUAGAACUGUUAACGUAAUAUAAAAAUCCAUAUAAAUUUAACAUAAUGUCAUAUGUUUAAAACGGACUGUAAUUAGAUUCACUGCCACAAUGUAUUUGGAGUCUCUUUUAUAUUGCGAUGAUAUGAAUUUAAUACUUAUUCAUUCCAUUCUGUUCCAUGUAAUACCUUUAUGGAAUUACACUGCACCAUUUUAAUAAAAUUGGAACAAAUGUACAAGGCAAAUUAUAAAAUAAACGAGAUUUUUAAAGAA